AUUCUACCUAAGCUCUCCUUUUGUGUUUAACUGAAGAAAAAAAGUCAUAUUGGAGGAGUUAUACAAACUUACUAACCAAAUCAGUAAAACCAUCAAGAGCUAUGUUUUAACCACUUAAAACUGUCCAUGAUUCCUGUAUGAAAAAUUCUAUGUGUUUUCUUUCCAGUAUGUUGUUUGGAAAUCUAUACAUUUAUUUUGAUUGGAAAGGAAAAACUGAAAUUACAGACCCAGCUAUGGAAUAUAAACAAAGAGCAACAUCUGCUGUGACGGAAGCGAAAACACAGUUUAAGACAAUUUGGGAAAUCUUCAAAACAAAAACCAUAUUGCUAUUAAGUUUCUGCAUGGCAUACAGUGGUUUGGAGCUGUCAUUUUACAGUGGCGUUUAUGGAACCUGCAUUGGAGCUACGACACACUUUGGCGAUGUAGCAAAAGGCUUAAUUGGCAUUUCAGGCAUUAUGGUGGGAAUCGGAGAAAUAGUUGGGGGAGGAUUGUUUGGCCUUGUAUUGAAGAAUAACCGUUUCAGGCGCACUUCAGUUGUCUUCUUAGGGAUGGUUGUGCACUUUGUGGCCUUCUACUUGAUAUUCCUCAACAUACCAGAUGACGCACCUGUGGUUUUCCAAACAAGCUCACAACAUAAGCCAUAUCUGGUACCAAGCGUGUCCAUCGCCCUGCUGUGCAGCUUUCUGCUGGGUCUUGGGGACAGCUGUUUCAAUACUCAACUCUACAGCAUUCUGGGCCGGGCGUUUGCUGAGCAGAGUGCACCAGCCUUUGCUAUAUUCAAAUUCAUACAGGUAACGACAGUCUGCAUUNNNUUCUUCUACAGUGGUUAUAUACUGCUGACCUGGCAGCUCCUCGUGAUGGUCGUCAUGGGAUUCACAGGAACGCUGUGUUUUUUCAUGGUGGAGAGGAUGCAGAAUAUGUCAGCUGACACACAGGAGUAUUAGUUUGGGGUCUUUCUCAGGACACAUUUCA